AUGGAGCCAAACAGUGUGGUCUCCGCCAUGAAGGGCGAUAAACUGAAGGACUCUCCUCAAUGGAGAAACUGGUUUGCAAGAGUGAAGCUAUUUGCUCGCCAGAAGAAGGUGUGGGACCUAGUAAACCCACAGAUUGAGGAAGAUUACCUCGAGCAGCCAAUGCGCAAGCCGAAGAGGCCUCAAUACCCAGAAGGUGGAUCUGAGAGUGUUAAGCGUGAAUGGAGAGAUCGGCUUGACAUCUAUAAGCUUGAUCUAGCGGAGUGGGAGCAGCAGGCAAAGGGCUUGGAUGCUGUGAACAAAUGGAUCAUCACUAACCUUGAUCCAAUUCACCAUGCCUCCCUGCUUGACUAUGAGACUCCGUAUGAACGUUUGGUUUAUCUCACAACUCGAUUUGCCCGAUCUAAUGCAUAUGAGGAAGAUAUCCGUGCUCAGUGGAAGUGGUUCUCAUCAUCUCCGCCUAGAAAGGGCGUUGACAUUAAUCACUGGCUAGCCGACUGGAAUACUCUGAGGGAACAAGCAGUUAGUUUAGAUUUGCCUGAAGUGAAGAGUGCGAACAAGGAUUUCCUUCAUGCAGUGAAAGACGUCUUGCCUACCUGGUGGCAGGCGAAGUAUGAGUCAAUCAUAAUGAACCAUGAGGAUUGGGAGACUCGAGAUCUGAUUGAAAACUUCCGAGGGUUCUACCAAGAGAUGGUGCCACAGAAACCAACCAGUACUAUCUCAAAAGCAUCAUUUUCGACAUUCCAGGACUUUGAAGAGGCAGAAACAGACCAGCUGCAGAAACCACCACAGAAGCAAGGAAACAAGCCACCGAUCCCUAAGCGCUGGUGCCCCUGUGGUAACUGA